GGUUGAUCAUUAACAGAGUCAAGCUGAUCGAGCAACCCACUAUAGCUGUUUUUCCCCUGUACAAUCCUUGUACUUGUAGUUAAUUACCAGGAAGAUGGUUGAGGAUCUGAAGAGGCUACUGCUUGUUGUUCUUGCUGUCCUCUGGCUGCUCAGCUCAGCACAAGCAGGGAAUACAGACAGACUCUCAGAGCACCACUGCACUGAAAAUUUCCUACGGGGCAGUAAACUUAAGGUCCAGUUUCUUCUGUUCACCUCCUCAAGCCCCAGCUGUGGAGAACUGAUUUUAGCUGAUGAUGGCAUCAAGAAUGGCAGCUUCAAUAGCAGCUCAGAAACCAAGAUCAUAAUCCAUGGCUUCAGGGCUUUGGGUACCAAGCCCUCCUGGAUUGAAGGGCUUGUCCAAGCCAUACUGAACACAAGCUGGGUGAACGUGAUCGCAGUAGACUGGGUUUAUGGGUCUACGGGAGCCUAUCCUUCCGCAGUGGAAAAUGUCACAGAGCUGGCCCUUUCCAUCUCACAAUUCAUCAACAAGCUCCUGGCCCUGGGGGUCUCAAGGACAUCUAUCCACAUCAUUGGGGUAAGCCUUGGUGCGCACGUUGGGGGCCUGGUGGGGCACUUCCAUGGCGGUCAGCUGGGACGGAUAACAGCCCUGGAUCCUGCAGGCCCUAAGUACACCAGAGCCAGCCCUGAGGAACGCCUGGAUCCUGGGGAUGCCCUCUUUGUGGAAGCCAUUCAUACCGAUGCUGACAAUUUCGGGAUCCGGAUUCCUGUAGGCCACAUCGAUUAUUUUGUCAAUGGAGGCAAAGAUCAGCCAGGAUGCCCCCGAUUCAUCUCUGCAGGCUAUAACUACCUGAUCUGUGAUCACAUGCGGGCUGUACAUCUCUAUAUCAGCGCUUUGAAACAUUCCUGUCCAAUCGUGGGGUUUCCCUGUGCAAGUCAUCAAGAGUUUUUAAAUGGUCAUUGCCUGGACUGUGCAGAACGCUUCCUGUCCUCCUGUCCCAGAAUAGGCCUGCUGGAGCAGGCAGGUGUCAACAUGAGUAAGCUGCCCAAGGAAGUGAAAGUUUAUUUAAUGACCAGUCCUUCAGCCCCAUUCUGCGUCUAUCACAGCCUGGUUGAGUUCCACUUGCAGAAGAAAAGAAGCACAGUCACCAGCAUUGAGAUCACUUUCUUCAGCAACAGCACCAAGGACACAGCAGAGAUCACCAUACCUGCGUACCAGGACAUGGGCAAACGGCUGCUGGCCCACCAAGUUCCCCUCUGCCAAAUAAACAGCGUGACACUGAAGUAUAUCCCAAAAAAACGGUUUUGGAGAAGGGAUGAGCCGUCCAUUGUUGGCAAGUUUUGUGUGGCGCCGCUGCCUCUCAAUAGUAGCCGGACAAUGUCAUGCCUGCCCUGGAACCUCACUCUCCCCAGCAAAACAGACAUCUCCUAUGACCUACCCACUGCUUGUGCCUAGCACUGCCUUUGGGAUACAGAAAACCAGAAAGGAGUCCUAAACCUAUUGCUGCUCUCUGCUCACAGGUGAUACUUUCACCAUAAAUCUGGAUGGGUGUCUUGCUCCCUGCAUGGGGACAGGAUAUCAAGAAAAAGAAGUGUGUGGAAUGUCAGCAAGUACAAGGUUAACUGGUUACAGCAAAACCUCUCAGUUAAAAGACUGGAUUGAACUUUUAUCUCCCAGGUUCUGUAGCCAGCUCUGAAAGUGAGACAGGCAAGUCAUUUAUCUCAAUGUUUGUAUCUAUGUGAAAGAAGGAGGAGAUAAUAUACUCUUUGUACAGUGGGAGUAUUGGUAUGAUUCAUUUGUGUUUUAUAAGAAAAUGUCCUGAAAUCUUCAUACUAAAGGUGAGAGGUAGUAUUUUUCCUCAGCAAGAGAAAAAAGGUGGGGUUUAAGUUUGGCACAGGAAGGAGUCAUUCUUACCCAGCACUCCAAUGGGAAACUCACUAGUCCCAUCUCUAAGACCCUUUCAGAGUGAGACCGUAUUGAUUUUAUGUUAGUGCUUCAGUAAGUAAUCAGAAUGCAUCUCCUUACCUGACAAGCCUGGAGCAACUCUUUUGGUGGUUGGCUUGUUCUCCCUGAAGCUCACAUGAAGUGAAGCAGACACCAGGAGCACCACAGUGCUCUCACAUCCAAUUUUGCACUGCUUUGACCAUCUGCCCAGAAUAGAAGGUAAGAGGAGAAUGGAGUAGCUGUGGGGCCACCUAACACAAAUUAGUCCCAGGAACUCAGCACAGCCUUUCAGACCUGCAAAAGUAGUUGAGGUCUGGAAAUAAUUGGUGAAAGAUUACAAUCAGAUGCACAACCAUAGGAAGAGCCCUCACCCACCCACACCUUUUCCACCACCAUGAU